AUGCGAAUACUCACCGUUGGCGACGGCGACCUAUCCUACAGCCUCGCGCUUCAGCGCGCCUUUGGCGCCGACGUCAGCCUGGUGGCAACCACGCUCCCCGCCGCCGACGAGCUUUGUGCGACGUACCGCAAUACAGGUAAGAUCCUUGCCGAGCUUGCGGAGCGCGGAGCCACCGUCCUGCACGGGAUCGACGCGACUCGCCUGCCGCUGACGCUCGGCCGGUUCGCCCAUGUCGUUUUUUGCCACCCUCACCUCGGCCUCUCCGACCUGAUCGACGAAGCGGCGCACGCGCAGAGGCACAGCGUUCUGGUUGCGCACUUCCUUGAUUCGGCCGCGGCGCUGCUCGAGGCGUCGGGCACGAUCCACCUGACCCUCUGCGGCUCCCAGCCUCGUACGUGGGCGGUGGACGAGCACGCCGCUCGCCUCGGCCUCGACAUUGUGCAGCGCGCGCCGCCGGCGACGCCGAGCUGCUUUUGGCCACCGCCGUCGUGCGGCGGCAGCGGCGAGACAACGCCACCGCCCACCGCCCUCGCGCCCGAGCCUGGCUGGGCUGCGCCGCGCAAGUUCCGGUCGGGCUCUCUCGGCUCGCGCCACUGGCUCGGCAGGUUUGGGUACGAGCAUCGCCGCUGCGAGGGCGACGCGGACAUGCACGUCGAGAACAGCGUCGAGCUCCUCUUUUGCGUCGCGGCGGCGCAGCGCCCGCCCGCGGAGGAGCGCGGCCGCUGCCCUGUCUGCGGGUGGGCGGUGGCGGCGGGCGAGGCAGAGGAGGAGCACGUGCGCUCCCUCGCAUCGCCGGUGCUCACGCCAGCCGAGCGCGCGUGGAGCGACCCGGCGAGUGGGAGGAGCUUCCGCACCGAGUUUGCGCUCGAGUCGCGCCACGAGGUGCCCGCCGAGGGGGAAGGCGCGCGCGCCUUUGCGUGGAGCCGCAAGGCUGCGUUUGCACGCGAGCUGCCGAGCAAGAAGGUUGCACUCACCGCCUUCCGCGAGGGGCGGCUGCUUCUCAACGGCGCCGCAGUCGAGGAGACGCGCUGCCUGCGGACCGGCGACGCGGAGCUCGCGGUCGUCUGGAAGCCCGCCGGCUGCAAGUCGCUCGGCGACUCGGCGGAUGUCACCGCGGAGUGCCCCGUCCACGUCAUGGUCGUCUCUGCCACGGCGGAGACGAGCCCCGUGCAGCUCACGACGCUGCGGCUGGUCAGCGGCGGCAGGCGUGGCCGGCUCUGCGGCGACCUCUGCUUCUUCCUGCGCGCGCACGCGGGAUGCCCGGUCGUGGGGGAUCGGUACGCGAGGCGCGAGCGCGGCGAGCUGCCGCGUUACUGCAACGCUCUCAGGAAGAGCCGUGCGCGGCCUCAGAUCAGCUGCAUCGGGGUCGGGGUGGGAGGGGGCGGCGUUGAGGGUGAGGUGCGGGUGGAGCUCGCUGUGCCGCCCCGGCUGCUAGCGAGCACGUGGUCCACGCCCGAGGCGGCGAGGGGGGCGAGGGGAGAGUGCGGGUUGAGAGGGGUGAGUGAUCCGUUUUGA